AAGAACAUCUACCCUAACCCUAAAUUUCCCACACUUCCUCUCAUUCCCCAUCGCCGGCGUCUGUUGUGGUUUGCAGCCUCACCUCCGCAACCGGCUCUAUAUUUUCUACGAGCAGAUUUUAGCUUCGAACUUCAUCGAAAAUGCGCCCAAUCUUGAUGAAAGGCCAUGAACGGCCAUUAACUUUCCUCAAGUACAAUAGGGAUGGCGAUCUUCUUUUCUCCUGCGCUAAGGAUCACAACCCCACCGUCUGGUACGCCGACAACGGCGAGCGAUUGGGGACUUAUCGUGGUCAUAAUGGUGCCGUUUGGUGCUGUGAUGUCUCCAGAGAUUCAAUGCGGCUUAUCACUGGAAGUGCGGAUCAGACAGCAAAAUUGUGGAAUGUACAAACUGGACAGCAACUCUUCUCCUUCAAUUUCGAUUCACCUGCUAGGGCAGUUGAUUUCUCUGUCGGAGAUAAGCUUGCAGUUAUUACCACUGAUCCUUUCAUAGAGCUGCCUUCUGCUAUUCAUGUCAAACGCAUUGCCAGAGACCCCUCGGAACAGACUGGUGAAUCUGUGCUCGUUCUUAAGGGUCCCCAAGGAAGAAUCAAUAGAGCUGUUUGGGGACCUCUAAAUAAGACCAUUAUAAGUGCAGGAGAAGAUGCUGUUAUUCGCAUUUGGGAUUCUGAGACAGGUAAACUUUUAAAAGAAUCUGACAAGGAGACCGGCCAUAAAAAAACAAUAACUUCCCUUACGAAGUCUCCUGAUGGUUCACAUUUUAUCACUGGUUCUUUGGACAAGUCUGCAAGGCUGUGGGAUACAAGAACAUUGACGCUUAUCAGGACAUAUGUGACAGAACGCCCAGUCAAUGCAGUUACAAUGUCUCCACUUCUUGACCAUGUGGUGCUUGGUGGUGGUCAGGAUGCAUCAGCUGUGACAACAACUGAUCAUCGUGCAGGAAAGUUUGAAGCUAAAUUUUAUGACAAGAUCCUUCAAGAAGAGAUUGGAGGUGUGAAAGGGCAUUUUGGACCCAUCAAUGCCCUGGCUUUCAAUCCCGACGGAAAGAGUUUUUCAAGUGGAGGUGAAGAUGGUUACGUAAGACUGCAUCAUUUCGACCCUGAUUACUUCAACAUCAAGAUUUAAAUUUGCUGAGCGGGGAGAAGGAAUAUUUUUGUUGCUUUUUGGGAUGCAGUUCUGUAUGGAGGCCUCGGUGAUGAAAUUUGCACAGCGAUGUAUUAAAAGGAUGGGCUUUACGUGUAGUCAAGAAACCUUGCCUCAUAGAUUUUUUACAUGGUGAUUAAUUCAAAUAUCUUGUGGAAUGAUAUUCAUAUUUUGUGUGACGAGAGGCAGAGUCUUAAGAGCAAACGCUCUGCACUUGGAAUUCGAUUGCAGCAUAACUUAAAGAGGAUAUGUUGAACUAGUAGGCACCUUCAGUUCGUUAUAAAUUAAAGCUAAUCCCCUAGGAGAGAUUCAAACAAAAGGCACUAGUUUUGGCUGGAGACAUGCAAGAUUUGUAAUGAAUGAUAAGAGAAUAAUUUUUUGCCAUGUGGAUGACUUACCAUCAAAAUCAUAGUUGCAGAUUUUGAAAGGUUACUUCCUAAAUUUCCUCUUGUGAAGGUUUUAUAGUGGAAGUACUUUAUCCU